UCUGGUACUGUAUUGAUGUUUAGUCUGUUCUGCAGCAGCUGAGAAGUACGCAGUUCUCGUGGUGCAACAGUAGAAAAUUUUUGUGCAAUAGAAGCGCAACGAUAGUUGUGCAGUAUGUCGUUGAUCAGAGGGCUUUCAAAAACUUUGCGGCCGUCUCUCCUGAAAGUGCGGUGCACAAGUACCCCAGCAUUGUAUUAUCAUGAAAAAGUAUUGGAUCACUACGAAAACCCAAGAAAUGUGGGAUCACUGGACAAGAAUGACAGCAGAGUUGGGACCGGGUUGGUUGGUGCUCCGGCGUGCGGUGAUGUGAUGAAACUUCAGAUAAAAGUGGACGAUAACGGAAAAAUUAUAGACGCCAAAUUUAAAACAUUUGGCUGCGGCUCAGCAAUUGCUUCUAGCUCGUUGGCAACGGAAUGGGUCAAGGGGAAAACUUUGGAUGAAGCUCUGAAGCUGAAGAACACAGACAUUGCCAAGGAAUUACGCCUUCCGCCUGUUAAACUACAUUGUUCAAUGUUGGCAGAGGAUGCUAUAAAGGCAGCUCUAUCAGAUUACAAGAUUAAACAGGAAUCACUUUCCAAAGACAAAGGAAAAGAAUAAGGACCUAUGAUUUAAAAAAAUAAUUCAGAAAAUGAUUUUAAGAUUAAUUCAAGGUUUGUAUUUGAUGAAGCAUCGAAUAAAAAAUAAAAUACAAAAAUUUAUGAAAAUACAAUCCAUUUAUGAAGAAGCCAUGAAAUUAGUAAGCAGCUUUAUUUGGCAUAUGACAGCUGCAGUGGAUUCACAUCUGUGAUAUUUAAUUUUAAAAUUUCAUGUAAAUAUAUUGUGACUAGAUUAAUAUUCAUUAAUAUAAACCUUAAUGCACUUGAUAUAGGUGCCUGUUUCAUGAAUGCGAUGACGCAUUCUCCUUUAAGAGGAUGUAGGGGCUUUUCUCUGUAAAGUUGAAAUUUCAAGUUAUUGCAAAUGUUACCUCUGUCAUUUGCUUCUUUUACUGAAAUUUUCUUAGGAAACACAAUUAUAAAGAAAUAUGUUUGUAUGACAGUAUGUAGAAUAAAUGCUUUACACGUAA